AUUUGCUGCAAACCCUCAAUCACCGUAAAAUACUUUUAGUUCGAACGCGCUGGUUGACAGUUUUGGGGCCAACGAAAUUCGAUUUGUCGGUGUUAAUAAUACUGCCAUUUAAAUUCGCUUAUUAGCCACAAUGGGCAACGUGGACGAUGACGGCGCUACCUUUCAGCAGAACUAUGUAAAGUGCAGCAACGGCACUGCAAAGGCUUCCACUCCAAUUAGCAAUGGACACAUUCCCAACCACUCGGUUGAACAGUGGAGAGAUGAGCAGCAGGAGGAGCAGCACAAUGACCAGGAGCAGGAGCUGCAGCUGCUGCUGAACAAACAGCUUAAAUUCUCUGCACCGGCCUACACCGAAAUCCGCACACGGACUGGAGGCCUAAAACUCAAGGGCGUCAACGAAGGCAGCUAUCACCCGGAAAAGCAGGCGGAGGCCAAUGGCUAUGUUAGCCAGACGGGCAGCAAAUGCGAUAAGUUCAAGCCGAGUCGGGCGGACGGCGUGCUGUCGGCGGAGCAGGAGCACUACCAGAAGACGUCCUUUGAGGAUGUGCCUCUGCACACGGCCUGCCUGACCUAUCUGGGAUUCUAUCUGCUCAUGAUACUGGGCUACAUCAACCAGCUGCUGUUCGUACCCAAGGUGGCCACGGAGAAGGGCCGCGAGGGCUAUGUGACCCUCUACGAUGCUUUCGAGAGCUUCUACUCUCGCUAUGUUUACCGUCGUGUGCGCGACUGCUGGAAUCGACCCAUUUGCAGUGUGCCGGGUGACGAGCUGGUGCUGAAGGAUCGCGUCACGGACGACUACGGUUGGAGCUUUAGAUUUACGGGCACCGAGACGCGCUGCCUCAAUUUGGGCUCAUAUAAUUACCUGGGCUUUGCUGCCGCCACCGGCACCUGUGCGGAUGAAUCAGAGCAGCGUGCGCGCCAGAAGGGGCUUGCCUACUGCAGUCCCCGAUCUGAGCUGGGCAACACGCAGCUGCACAUUGAUCUGGAGCGGCUGACAGCCCGCUACCUUGGCGUCGAGGAUGCCAUAGUCUUUGGCAUGGGCUUCGCUACGAACGCCCUCAAUUUGCCAUCGCUUCUGGGUCCGAACUGUUUGGUUGUGAGCGAUGAGAAGAAUCACGCCUCCAUCAUUCUCGGUCUGCGUUUGUCGGGCGCUACGACACGUGUGUUCAAGCACAACAAUAUGCGCGAUCUGGAGCGUGUGCUACGCAACGGCAUCUGCUAUGGCAACCCGAAGAACGGUGGCAAGCCCUGGAAUAAGAUAAUGAUUCUUGUGGAAGGCAUCUUCAGCAUGGAAGGCUCCAUUGUUCGCCUGCCCGAGAUAAUUGCCCUAAAGAAGAAGUACAAGGCGUAUCUGUAUCUCGACGAGGCGCACAGCAUUGGAUCCAUGGGUCCAACUGGUCGUGGUGUGGUCGAGUACUUCGGAGCCGAUCCCAAUGAUGUAGACAUUCUAAUGGGCACCUUUACCAAGAGCUUUGGCAGCGCCGGCGGCUACAUAGCGGGCUCCAAGAAACUGAUUGACUUCUUGCGCACAAACAGUCACGCUCACUGCUAUGCCAGCUCCAUCUCGCCGCCUAUUGUGCAACAGAUCUAUACCUCGAUGAGCAUUAUAAUGGGCGAGGACAACACAGACACGGGCCGCAACAAAGUGCAGCAGCUGGCCAGGAACACGCGUUACUUCCGCAGGCGUUUGGCCCAAAUGGGCGUCAUUACCUAUGGCCACGAGGACUCGCCGGUGGUGCCCAUGCUGGUCUAUCUCUUCUCCAAGAUUGGCGCUGUCAUUCGCACGCUGACCACGCGUCAUAUCGCCGUUGUGGGCGCUGGUUUUCCGGCCACACCCAUUAUGGAGGGUCGCAUACGAUUCUGUCUGUCGGCCGCGCACACUAAAGAACAGCUGGACUAUGCGCUUGACGUCAUCGACGAUGUCAGCGAGAAUUUGGGCCUAAAGUAUUCACGCAAGUCACGUGAUCCCCAACCGAUUGAGUACUAAGCUCGAAAGAAAUGCACGUAUACGUAUACGUAAUAUCCGCACACACACACACACAUAGCACUUUAAGCUGAAAGUUGUCCUCAGUUGUGUGACCCAACACAAGUCGAGCUUAGGGCGACAGUCGUUCAUAAUGAUAUGAUGAAGCUCUAUAUACAUAAAUAUAGUCGUCAUGUUGCUGUGGCUUUAUUUUUGACUAAUCCCCAAGGGACUCUGCCUAAACUAAUACUAAAGAAAUGAAAUGAAACAACACAACAGCAACAUGCAUAGCUUUAUAAUAAUAAUACUAAUAAUAAU